AUCUUCCACACAGAUCCCCCAAAGGCACAUGUGACCCAUGACCCCAGAUCUGAAGGUGAAGUCACCCUGAGGUGCUGGGCCCUGGGCUUCUACCCUGCUGACAUCACCCUGACCUGGCAGUUGAAUGGGGAGGAGCUGACCCAGGACAUGGAGCUUGUGCAGACCAGGCCUUCAGGGGAUGGAACCUUCCAGAAGUGGGCAUCUGUGGUGGUGCCUCUUGGGAAGGAGAAGGAUUACACUUGCCAUGUGCAACAUGAGGGUCUGCCUAAGCCCCUCACCCUGAGAUGGGAGCCUCCUUCAUCCACCAAUUCAAACAUGAUAAUCCUUGCUGUUCUGGUUGUCCUUGCUAUGGCCAUCAUUGGAGCUGUGGUGGCUUUUGUGAUGAAGAGGAGGAGAAACACAGGUGGAAAAGGAGGGAACUAUUCUCCAGCUGCAGGCAAGGACAGCUCCCAGAGCUCUGAUAUGUCUCUCCCAGAUUGUCAAGCAUGAAGACAGCAGCCUGGAGUGGACUGCGUGACAGACAGUGUGUUCAGGUCUCUCCUGUGACGUCCAGAGCCGUCAGGUUUAUUUAGACAACAGUGUCUGAUGUUCCCGGUGAUCCUGUGGGCUCAAUGUGAAGAACUGUGGAGCCCAGCCUGCCCUGCACACCAGCACCCUGUCCCUGCACUGCCUGUGUUCCCUUCCACAGCCAACCUUCCUGGUCCAGCCAAACACUGGGGACAUCUGCUUCCUGUCAGCUCCAUGCUGCCCUGAGCUGCAGCUCCUCACUUCCACACUGAGAAUAAGAAUCUGAAUGUGAACUUGAUUGUUAACAUCUUGACCUGAGGGUUGAUUGCUUGUUAAAUUGAUGGCUUGAGAAUACUUAGAGGUUUUUUUUGUUUUGUUUUGGUUUUUUUGUUUUUAAGAAAUAAAUGCCAGAUGGAGAACCUUCCAGAA